UUGAACGUUACCGAUUUCUACUGAAUAUUUAUACUAAAGUGAUCAAGAUGGCUACAUUUUCUCAAUCAACAGUGGAUAAAGGCUCAGAUUCUAUUAUAGACUUUUGUUGUUCGCCGUGUCUUGAGCACAAAAUUCACCAGUGGGCGGAGUUUUACUGCGAUAACUGUCAGAAAUUUUAUUGUGCAGAAUGUGUCACUCUUCAUGGUCAGUUAUUUGGGAAACAUGUGACUUAUGGAAGAGGAGACACAAGUAGGUGGCCAGUGUCCAAGGAAGUGGAGGAUUUCCUUCUGAAGUGUGACCUUCAUGAAGACAAACAUCUAGAAAUGUACUGCAAUGACCACAGUCAGCUGUGCUGCACUAAUUGUGCUUUCCUCAAUCACAGACUGUGUACUAAAGUAACACUUAUAUCUGAGUCAGCCAGAGGACCUCCGCCAGACUUGCAGCAACUAUCAAGAAAAAUCCAAACUAUUCUUGAAGAAGUCAAGAAACUUGAGAACAAUUGGAACACCAACAUGCUGACUUUGCAGACUUCAUACAACAAACAAUUAGAUGAAAUACUUGAAACACGCCAGACAAUAAAUAAAAUUCUAGACAAGAUUGAAAAAAACACCAUACAAGAGCUAGAUGAUAAGAUAAGCAGUCUGAAAGUUUCUAUCAAGACUGAUGUGGACAAUUGUAGCAAGCUUAAAAAUGAACUCACAAGACUAAGCAACUCAAUACAUGACAUUAUUGAAAAGGCCAAAGCAGAACUCACAUUUAUUGCAAGUAAGAAAUGUUGGGAAAAAAUUAAACAGUCUCAAUCUUAUCUGAAGGAGAACUCUAUUCAGGUAGAAAGUUCACUGACAUUCCAGGCGGACAGUGACGUUCAACAGUACUUGUCUAUAUUGUCAGGUCUGGGGAGGACUGUACUCAGUACCAAGGCAUUAUCAGGUGACCCAGACCAGGUAUUCACUGUGCAAGAAAAGUCAGAGUAUGAUGUGAGCCUACCAAGUGAUACAGAGAAGAGCUGCACUAUCAGUGCCAUCUGUGUACUCUCUGAUGAUCAGAUUCUUGUUGCAGAUCGUACUAAUAAAAGAGUUAAGCUACUGAAUCAUCAAUACCAGGUGGGGGCUCAUUGUGAUCUAAAUGCUUCUCCAAAUGACAUGUGUCAAAUCACAUCAAGUGAAGUCGCUGUUGCUGUGGGUGCAGGGGUCCAGUUUGUCUCUGUGAAAGGUGGGCGGCUGGUUAAGGGUACCAAUUUACAGUUUAUACAUAGAUGUAUUGGUAUUGCUCAUAAUCUGCAAGACCUGUAUCUCACCUCUGGCACUGCACUUUACAAGUAUUCAAUGAAAGGAGCCCUGUUGAAUCAAGUGUAUGAAGAUACAUCAGGAGACACAGUAUAUAAGUGUGCAGUGAGUCCUUCAGGUGACAAGAUAUUUGUCACCAGCCCAGGUAAAAGCAGGCUCCUCACCCUGGCCAGAGCUGGCAAAGUUCUCCACACCUUCACAGACCCAGACCUAAAAUGCCCACAAGGUAUUCAUGUUACAGCUCAGGGACAGGUUCUGGUCUGUGGAGGGCCAUCCAACACUAUCCUACAGCUGGAUAGUGAAGGCAAGAGGAAGCUGGCAACUCUUGCAACCAAGAGGAAUGGACUUAAUGAACCACUGUCAGUCUACUUCAAUAGGAGCACAGCAUCCAUCAUUGUGGGACAAUUUUUUAGCAAACAAAUCCUGGUGUUUGAAGUAAAAUAGUUUUGUUUAACCAGUUUCAGUCGAGACAUUUUGGAACAUGUACCGUCAACAAUAAUUAUUGGCCUGACCAAACUUAUAUUCAGUGUUACAUAACAUCACAUAAUUCACAUGGAUGAUUUGCUGUGUUGCCAAGUAAUGUCAUAUCUGUGAAUUUGUUUAAAGAAGUAGUUCAUAAUGAAGUUCUUGGCAGCAUAGAUCAAUUAUUUAGUGUUAUAUUGCAAGGAAACAACUGUAUUUCUCUGAUGAUUAUUUUUUAUUUAAAUUAUUAUUUAUAUACUGUGAAACCAUUAUAUAUCGUCAGGCAUUAAUUUUCGUAUAUUUCGUCAGUCCACCGAUUGACGAAUUCAAGAUCCUAACAAACAAUUAUGUCCCAUAUUUGAACAAAUUAAGACUGAAUUACCAAAGGCAUGAGGCACUAAAAUCCAACGUAAUCCACGCAUACAUACUCUGUCUGUUACAUAAUCAAGAUAAAUCCGGUUUUGACACAAAAAGGGUGUAGAUUACACAGUGUACUUAACUGACACGUGACAUUGCUCUAAAACGCGAAAGCAGUACAGCUGUAUCGACUGCGUUGACUUCGUUUAGGUAGAAUUGUAAUGAUAAGGGCUAAUUGUUAACAACUUUAUUACCCAUUGUGUGAAGUGUGUUUUUCAGUGUUGUUGCAGAAGAUUAUACAGCCCUCACACACCAGAUUAGAUCCGGAUCAAAGACAAUAAACAAAAUUAAAAGAUGGUGAUGUAUAUACUUACCGUAUACAUUCUCCGCAUUGAUUACAAAUAAAUACAGAACAUUUUGAUUUGUGUUUGGUUGUUUGGGUUUAACUACAAUACAGGUGUAAAAAUAGCUUGUGCUUCGUUUUAUGGGCUAUCAAACUUUUUAAUCAUUGACAUCUUUUGCAAGUUUUACGAUACAUGUUUCAAAUAAUUGUUACUUGUAGCAAUUGAAAACAUAACAGGUAAAGAGAAAUUAGCAAUCAUGACGAUUAGUUCCAUCCAAAAGUAGGGAAAUUGUUUUCAAAAAUUAACUUUUAUUUUUGCGCGAUUUCCAGGAAAUCCCCGGAAAGCACGUGUUUCGAAUGACUGAGUAUGACGCAAUAAAACAUUUCUUUGUAUCCUAUUGCAUUCAAUCUAAUUUAAACUCACUCGUCCAUUGGUUGUUACAAUUAAAUCUGAACUUUGCCCUAUGAAACCGCUGUCCCAUAAUGCAUUGUUAAUUUUACACUUCCGAAAAUUAUUGUUCUUAAAGUGAUCAAAUAUUUACAAUGCAAAACUCUUGAAACUUUUAUGAAAACUGACCAAACAGUUUGCUAACACUAAUUCUAACCAAUAAUCUUCGCACCUUCUCUAAUUUGCGCCGAUAAAGGUAAGAUUGUUAUUAGUUUGGCCAUUAUAAUAAAUGAAUAGGACCAAUUGGCAACUGGCUUCACUGUUUCAAACCCGGGUUUCAAACACUCGUUAGCGGUUACUCGGUCCCACUAAUCCGCUAAUCAUAAUAAUGAUACACUAAUUGGGGCAAAUUACUGGUCACCUGAUAACAAAAGACAAGUAUAUUGACAUGUGACAAACAGGCCCCACCUCCUGCAAGUGAAUCUCAAGUGUCCUCCCUCUUUCCCUACUACGAUUUUUCGCAACCGCGAUAUAUUUCGGACAAACAAAUCUGAUAUUGACUUUUUUCAAAGUCAGGAAUUGGCGAAUUUUAAGUGCUGACGAAAACGUCGUUUUUAUAAAAAUGACGAAAUUUCGUGCUGGCGAAAAUAAAUGAUUUCACAGUAAUCAGUGUAUUGUUGUAAUCUUGAUCUUCAUCUCCAAAAAUGACUAAUAUGAACAUACAUGAUUUACUUGUGGAGAUUUGUUAUGAUCUUAAAUAUUGUGUUGUUAUUGUUAUGCAAAGUAAACAGAACUCAGCUGAGAGAGUUUUGGGACAAUUUGUAUUGAUCAACAGUCAGAACCAUUAGAAUUGCACUUAUAGUAAGAACAAGAGCACCGCAUAACGGGUGCCACGUUCGGCUGUGAAAGCUUGUUAGAAUUUUUUUUUUUAUUUUUUUUUUAGAGGUCACAGUGACCUUUGACCUAGUGACCCAAAAUGGGUGUGGCGUGUAGAACUCAUCAAGGUGCAUCUACAUAUGAAGUUUCAAAGUUGUAGUUGGAAGCACUUUGAUUUUAGAGGCAAUGUUAAGGUUUUUGUUAAAGUUUUAUAUUAGAGGUCACAGUGACCUUGACCUUUGA